GGCCUGAAGUGGGACAAUGUCGAGCAGCAGUUGAAGAAAUUCUCAUUUACAAGGUUCCAGAAUUUGCCGGUCGCAAAUCGAUUACGUCGCUACCUCUUGUCCCACUCAGAUAUAGAGGCGAGCGCUCCGUUGAUGAGAUUAACAGAUCCCUCGCGGAAAGAGGGCGACGCUGGUGGAAGCUCAUCGAAGCGCGAACAUCUUGCCUCGAUUACAACGGACUUGCAUUCUCGCUUGGUGGUGAGAGGGAUAACGUAUACAACCCCCAAAAGCGGACGAGGGUAGGUUCGCCGCAGUGAACUAUAAUUUAUGUUGGGGUUCAAGGAGCUGAACUGUCGCCAGGUUGAGGGAAGGGUGAUUAUCGACGAAGAUGCGAAGGAAGUGUUGCCCUACAAGUUUAUGAGCCUUUUGCCCAAGAGGGAUAACAAUGAGUAUAUUGUUCCUUCAAUCAAACAAAAGGAAGGAAAUCAGCAGGACAGCUUACAGCCCACGGCUGAGUUGACCGAUGAGCAGGCGAGAUUAUGCCCUGCUAGCAUAGGUUGUCAUAGUCUCUCUGAUAUGCAGCUCUAUGCCGCUAGUGUUGAGCGGUUGACACCAGUAGCAUGGGAUGUGGGCGCUAUGGAUCACCUUGUGUUGGAUGAAAAGAAGAAGGACAUUUUAAAGGGCCUAGUCGGCCAACAUUAUAAUAGCCAGGAUCAUGAUAUGAGAAGUGAUAUUAUCGACGGGAAAGGAAAAAGUCUGAUAAUUCUGCUGCAUGGGCCCCCAGGUGUUGGCAAAACACUCACGGCCGAGUGCGUCUCAGAAGCUGUUAAAAGGCCACUCGUUUCACUUAGCAUUGGCGAUCUGGUAUGGGAAGAUAAGAGGCUUCAACAGCGCCUGCAGGUAGAGUUCAAUCGAGCUAGAGACUGGAACGCCAUUCUUCUGCUGGAUGAAGCGGAUGUUGUUCUCGAGGCGAGGUCUUUUGAGGACGUACGCCGGAAUGGUAUUGUAACUGUAUUUCUUCGACAGCUAGAAUACUUCCAGGGUGUGUUAUUCCUAACUUCAAAUCGUGUUAGCACGAUGGACGUAGCGUUUCAGUCCCGCAUCCAAAUUGGAAUUUCCUUCAGGGAAAUGACCCCCGCCACCCGCGCGCAGAUCUGGGAACGACUGCUUUCCUUGAAUGGCAGAGAUAAAAUGAUUGGGCCAAGUGCAGUUGAAGAUGUCAAGCAUAGACUGGGAAAAUUCCAGUUGAAUGGCCGGCAAAUACGAAACGUGCUGAAUGUUGCGGAUGGCCUUGCCUUCAACGAGUACGGGAUACCCGGGAAGUUGAAGUAUAGACAUAUACAGGAGGCCGUGGAAACUGCUGUGGAGUUCCAGAAGAUGUUGGAUGAGUCAAAGAAGAGAAUGAAGAACGAACAGACCGUCUGGGCCAUGUAUCGCGGUGACAAUGACUUCUCUAUCUAGUCACGAGUCAAUGCAGCGCUGAUGUGACGAUAUAUGCCUAGUUUGACCAGUGCCUGUUGUCACACCUGUAC